CUGGGGACCAGAGGAGGCAGUCAGUCGUACAGUGCAGUGCGGCUCGGCUCUCGUCUUCGCGGCGCAGAUCCUCAAGCAGGCGCGGCAUCGAGUGCCCGUACACGCUUGUCGUUUGCCAAGACUUAUCUUGACGUUGUGUGUCCACACGCCUCGCAACCUCCCAUCUCCACCGCCAUUUUCGACCAACCCAUUCCGCACACCGUGGCAGGCUGUUGUUCCGUGGGGAGCACUGCCGUCGUUGAGAUUUUUGCUCGCCCGCCUCCUCCGGAGCACCUUAUCCUUGGCCUUGGGUGCUUCUCGCCUCACCAACGCAAUCAACUGGCACUGCCGUUGGGUUUGCGGAUUGAAGACCAUCACCUCGUGUGAUUGCAUGCAAACUCCAAGGCAAACCUUGCUCCGCCUUUCUCGUUGACGCCCUGGCUCGACAUCUUUGAACAAAGUGCUUCCCGUGCGUGUGUGAGACGCAGUGGCCAGGUUCAACCGCACGUUCCCUUUCACGUUGCGCCUUGAAUCUCCGUCUUGCGCCCUCGUGCGGCCUCUUCCCUUCUUUAGCACACGAGGAACGCUUCCCUGCCGCUUGUCAAUCAUUCCACUUUGAACAUGGCCUCUAUUGCACGAAAACUUGUUUGCAUCGGCGAUGGUGCCGCGGGCAAGACCUGCCUCCUCAUCGUCUUUGCCAACAAGGAGUUCCCCGAUAAGUACAUCCCCACCGUCUUUGAAAACUAUGUGGCCUCAAUCCAGCGCGACGACACGACCGUCGAGCUUGCGCUCUGGGACACUGCCGGCCAGGAAGACUACUCGCACAUCCGGCCGCUGAGCUAUCAGGAUGCGCACGUCUUCCUCAUCUGUUUUGCGGUCGAUAACCGCGACAGCUUUGAAAAUGUAGAGGCAAAGUGGGUGCCAGAGAUGCGCCACUACUGCGCCAAUGUGCCGUACGUCAUUGUAGGCUGCAAAUCAGAUCUGCGUCAAGACACGGCCAAGGCCGCCAACGCCGUAUCGCAACAGGAGGUGCGUUCCCUCCACGCAACCGCCAUGGCACAGAAAGUAGGGGCUUUGGCAUACAUUGAGUGUAGCGCAAAGAACAACGACAACAUUGAGGCGGUCUUUGAACGGGCAGCUGAUGCGGCUCUAACCACCAAGAGCAGCUCAGGCUGCUGUGUUGUUCUCUAGUGCCGUGAUGUCUUUGUACAACAGAGCUAGUUUCCAGCGACAACCUGACCGGGUUUGAGCCAGUUCUCGUCGAGCAUGACACCUCUGGUCAUGCUUUGAAAGCCUGUCCUUCCCCUCCCCAACCCCAUGGUCUACUCCCGGGGCGUUUUUGUGCGUACUUGUCCUUCGUUGUUGCUGGCUUUGGUGCGCGCGCCUCCUCAGCAGCUCUCUCCUUUCAUUCUCGAGGGUGUAGAUCGCACCUGUCAUAUGCAUUUCUUUUGGCCAAACCUUUUCAUUUCUUGCUCAUGAUCAGAUUGCUUUUUUUUUUUUUUUGUUUCCCCUUUCGUCGCCCUGUUUUCAUCCAUUCUCGGUUCGCCUGUGUCUUGUCUGGGUCGUGGAUGCCCUACCUUGUCCGUAUGCAUUUGUGUCUUUCUUAUCCCUUCUCUUCUUCCCUGAUUUGCAUGGCCCUUGUCUCAGAAACUGGUGUUCAUGAAUGGAAAAUAACAAAUCCAAAAAAUAAAAUG